CGUGAUGCGGUUCCCGGCUAGUCAUACUUCCAUUGGCUAUCUCUUCGUGACGUCCACAUAUUGGCACGCUUUCUGGAAGUGUGUGAUUGGAGCAUGUCGCCAUGGUAACGUAGUGAGUUUGUCUCUACACUAUUGGGAAUCAAGAGAGAUGGAGCUGGGGAACCAGAAUCCUGAGUCCCAGAAAGAGAUUGAGCUGGCUCCAGAAGUAUUUAACAUAUCAUUUGUGUUCCCAAAUGGCGACAGAUACGAAGGUGAAUGUACAAAAACACUAUCAGGAUCCUUAGAGAGAAAUGGAACAGGGGUUCAUACAAGCCAGCAAGGAUUUGUGUACUUAGGAUCCUGGAAGAACGAUAAGAUGAAUGGCAUUGGAAAACUAAAACAUCCUUCAGGAGCAGUUUAUGAAGGAGAAUUCCUAGAUAAUAUGUUUCAUGGAAAAAGUACUUAUACAUUCCCCAACGGAGCCAGAUACAUUGGAAUCUUCAAUCAGAAUAAGAUGGAAGGGGAAGGUGAAUUUGUGGAUAUGAAUGGGCUACAGUGGAAAGGAACAUUUCACCAUAAAGCAGCGCCGGGACUGAAGUUAAAAAUAUAACUUGGCUUAGAAUAGUGAUUUUCAACAAGGUAUCACCGAGGUCAAUUAAGGACGUCGCAGAAUAUCCCAAGUUGUCAGAGCAUAAACUCCUAACGUGUCAACGUGCAUUUCUACAAAGUAAAAUUACUAUAUAACCAAGUAUACAUUUUAUUGUGUUAAAGAGAUAAACAACCCCAAAAAAAUAUUUUAUGAUUCAGAUAGUGUGUAAUUUUUUUUUAAAACACUUUCUAAUUUACUCCUAUCAAAUGUACUUUGUUCUCUUGGUAUCCUUUGUUGAGAAGCAGGUAGGAAGGUGUAGGCGCAUGCACCUGACUGGAGCAAUAUAUGGCAGCAGUUUUAUAAUUAUGUUAUACAUUUGCAAGAACAAUAAGUGGCAGCAGUGUUUCCUGUCAUGUACUGCUCUGGAAAUCUGCAUGCUACCUACCUAGAUAGCUCUUCAACAAAGAAUACCUUGAAAACAAAAGUAAAAUUGUAUGCUAUGUCUGAAUCACAAUUCAUUUUUUUUUUGUUUCAUGUCCCUUUAAGGAGAUAUCCAAGGAAAGGUGUGGCAUACCUAUGGCAAACAUAGUCAAACACACUUGAAAGGUUAAUCAGUCUGCCCUGGUAUACAUUGAAGCCCUCUUCCACAUAUUUGUGUGAAUGUUUUGUUACCUCUAGAUGUACAAGCUGAUCGAUUUCAAGAAAGAAGCAAUGACUUCUGUUGCGAUUUUACAGACUAAUACACUUUAAUGUCCUUUUAA